AUGGCAACUCGUAUCGGUGGGAGGGCCAGCGGAUGCUCAGUGUGGGAAGGAGUCGGAGCUCGUUUUGGUUCAUUGUGGGGCUUGUGCGACGCCAAAUGGGCGGGGUGGUUGGGCGUUACGAUGCGCGCUCGCGAGGCGGCAAAGUCAGGGAGGAAAAACGGUCUGAGGGAACCGGAGACGGAGUGCGUGUGCAGUGCAAAAGUGGUAGUGGCGCAUUACAAUGAGGCGUUUGACGACGCAGUAUCCGUUGCCAUACACAGUCUGGCAUUGCAAGCGCCCUACGUGAAUUGUAUUGAUGGGAGGGCGAGCGGUCGCGCAGAUGCGAGCAUCCAGGGGUUGAUGUUUGCGUUCGCGCGCGUCCACGGCAGCCGUGGCACGAAGCGUUUUCUGGCCUCAUGA